UGGAAAGAAUGAGAGAGAGAAAAUCAAUCUUCAACGGUUUCUCUCUUUUCCAUGCAAUGCAAGAUUCUCUAUUUAGAGUUACUACUACUUUUCUAUUGCAGCUAGCUUUGAGUGUCCUCUAUAAAUAUAUCUAUUCCUUCAUACAUCAUUUCUCAUUCUCUGAACAUCUCUAUCUCCCUCUCUCUCUCUCUCUCUCUAUAAAACAACCUCUAUUUCCCUCUUUGGGAAAUAGUACUGAAAUACUAGUACAACUACUGCAAGAAACAAUGGCUGGUGGUGAUCUUCUACCUUUCGUGUCCAUUGUUCUUGUGCAGUUAGGCUAUGCAGGGAUGAACUUCACAUCAAUGUUUGCCAUGCACUCUGGAAUGCACCCUCUUGUCCUUGUGGCUUACAGGCUUCUGUUUGCAACAGUGGCAAUUGCUCCCUUUGCUUAUUUCAUGGAGCGGAAGACAAGACCCAGGAUUACAAUGUCUAUUUUGUGCCAGACAUUUUUAUGUUCCUUAACAGGGGCAACUGGAAAUAUGGUCCUUUACUUUAUAGGGUUAAAGAACUCAAGCCCAACAAUUGGAUGUGCAUUAACUAACACACUUCCAGCAUUUACUUUCAUCCUUGCAGUCCUUUUCAGGCAAGAAUCUCUGGGAAUCAAGACCAGGCCAGGUCAAGCGAAGGUAAUAGGAACAAUUAUAUGUGUAGGUGGAGCCCUUAUAUUGUCAUUCUACCAUGGAAACAUCAUUAAUAUAGCCGAAUCCAGCAUUCACUGGACAUAUGCUGAGAAUAUGGAAAAGAAUAGCUCCACUUCUAGUGGCCAUGGGAAUGUCAUCUUAGGCCCCUUUCUCCUUAUUCUUAGUUCUCUCUCUUGGUCAAUAUGGUUCAUAAUCCAAGCAAGAAUGAGCAAGACGUUUUCAGCACCAUACACAAGUACCACAUUGAUGUGUUUCAUGGGCUUCAUUGAGUGCGGGAUCAUUGCCGCAAUUUUCAAACCUGUCAUUUCUGCAUGGUCAUUGAGCAAUCCAAUGUGGCUUCUUGCAGCUCUCUAUACAGGGGUUGUGUGCUCUGCACUAGCAUUUGCUGUCACUUCAUGGGCUAUCCAGUUGAAAGGUCCUCUCUAUGUCUCAGUGUUCACUCCCUUGUUGCUUGUUAUAGUGGCUAUUACCAGUUGGGCCCUGCUUCGUGAGAAAUUAUAUGUUGGAACUGCUUUAGGGUCACUUUUGAUUGUUAUGGGGCUUUAUGCUGUUCUAUGGGGAAAAAAUAAGGAGACAAAACUGGCAAAUGCUAUCGAAGAGAUAGAAGCAACAAAGAUAGAUGAUGAUAUGAUCACAAAGGACUUGGAAAUGCAGUUUGAUGCAAAAUCAAAUGGCAAUCACAAUAGAGCAGAGAAACCAGAAGACAUGUAAUCCAAUUCAAAAUUGUUGAGUGCUCCAUCCCAUGCUGAAGUGUAACGUAUGUUUCAAUUUAUUUCACCUCAAUGUCCCAAGUUUCACAAUUUCAAGUUUUUGCUCUCAUACUGUAUCACCUUGAAACACUAGCUUUCAUGGUAGAAGGAAAGUGAAAAAAAUUAUCUUGUUGUACUACUUAAGUAAUAUGAGAAAUGUCAAAUGUGAUGUUCAGAAGCUAUUUAUCAAAUUGGUUAAGAAGAAAGAUUAUUCCUA